CCCCCAUCCAAUCUCUCACUCUCAUCUCCACCAAAUUCAAACUUCACUCUCAUCUUCAUCCUCAGCUCAGCUCAGCUCAGCUCAAGCUCAAAAGCCUUUUUUGUUUGUUCGCUGCUGCCACUGUCCCCAUCCUCCUCUCCUCGCUGCCGUUUGCUUCACUCCCACUGCUCCUCCUCCACGCGCGCGCGCGCGGGGGCUAGAUCUCGCCGGAACCCUAGCCGGUAAUGCCACGGGCGGCUGCCGCGGCGGGACAGUGAGGUGUUGAGGGGGUUUCCGGAUCGAUGCAUCGGGUGGCCAUGGCUGCGGCGGCGGCGGGGGACGGCGGCGACGGGAGGGGGCGGACGCUGGGGGCGGUCAUCAAGGAGAAGGACGAGGAGCUGGCCCUCUUCCUCGAGAUGCGCCGCCGCGAGAAGGAGCGCGGCGCUGCUGCCGCUGCCGCGGCGGCCGAGCAGCUGCUGCUUUCCGGGGACCGCGUCGACGUGGCGCGGGAUGGGAUGCUUCUCGUCGACCAACCGCCGCCGCGCCCGCAGCCUCCCGCCGAGCACAAGGCGGCGGCGUACAGGAUGACCGGCGGGUUCAGGAGAGCGCCCGGCGGCGCCGACGACUUCCUCAAUUCGGACGGCGGCGACAAGAACGAUUACGACUGGCUUCUGACUCCACCAGGAACUCCACUUUUUCCAUCUCUAGAAGAGUCAAAAAAGUCCCCAGUGAGCCAAACUGGAACCCCAAAGACUCGCCCAACUGCCUUAAAAUCAAGGUUGGCCAAUCAUCCAGAUCCUCCAUCAAGAACAACCCUUCCAUUGAGAGCAACAUCAUCAAACAACUUGAACUCAGCUGCCACAACACGUAGGCCGUCAUCUUCUGGAGGGCACACAUCUAAUUCAUCAAGGCCUUCAACACCAACUGGGCGGCCUGCACUGACCAAUACCUCCAAAGGUUCAAGACCUUCAACCCCCACAUCUCGGGCAACUGUACCUUCUAAGUCUGGACCUCCUGCCCCAAGAUCAUCAACUCCCACUUCCAGGUCAACACUUACUUCAGCAAGGUCAACAACACCUUCAAGAACAUCUGGCCCUGCUACCAGGACAUCAAUUCCUUCAGGUAGAGCAUCAGCACCAGCUAGCAGGUCAUCCACACCUACUUCAAGAUCAUCGAUACCUGCUACCAGGUCAUCCACGCCAUCAUCCAGGCCCUCCAUACCAGCACAAAGCAAGCCAGUAUCAAGGUCAUCAACCCCAACAAGACGGCCUUCUGCCACUUCCACCCAACAUGGUAGCUUGGCUGCACCAGUUCGAUCUACCUCAAUCUCCAAACCAGCCCCUACAAUGUCCAAAAGUUCUUCACCGGCAAAAACUAUAGCGUCAACACCUUCAAGGGGCAGCUCACCUACUGUCAAAUCGAGACCAUGGAAGCCAUCUGAAAUGCCUGGCUUCUCACUUGACGCUCCUCCAAAUCUGAGGACAUCACUACCAGAAAGACCAACCUCUGCUACUCGUGGCAGACCUGGAGCUCCUAGUUCUAGGUCUUCCUCUGUGGAGCCUGGGCCAGCUGCUCGGCCAAGACGGCAGUCUUGCUCUCCUUCUAGAGGGAGGACUUUAAAUGGUAGUGUGCCUUCAGGUAGUUCGGUGCCAGCAGUGAGAAGAUCACAUCUUAAUAGUGGUGACAGUGUCAAUCCUGUUCAAAUGGGUAAUAAGAUGGUUGAGAGGGUAGUGAACAUGAGAAGGCUAGUUCCUCCAAAACAUGAUGACCAAAGAUCCAGCCUCAACGGUCUAUCUGGAAAAUCAUCAAACUCUCCAGAUAGCUCUGGCUUCGGUAGGACAUUGUCAAAAAAGUCACUUGACAUGGCUCUUCGACAUAUGGACAUACGGCGCAGCAUUCCAAACAAUUUACGGCCUCUUAUGACAAGCAUACCAGCAUCCUCUGUGCAUAGCGCACGGUCAGGGUCUACAAGGAGCAGACCAAUUAGUGUUUCAGACUCUCCUCUUGCAACAAGCAGCAAUGCCAGUUCUGAGCCGAGCGUCAACAACAACCUGAUGUGCUUGGACAGCAUCGAAAUCGAUGAUGAGUUGUGCAGUGAUAGGGCAGGACAAUACAGGCGAUGAUUUGCUUCUUUGAUAGUAUAAUAGUUAUGAUUCCUGCGAAGGUUUACGACCUUAAAAUGUUCAGAGCAGCGAUGGGAGGAUCAUCUCCAAGAUGACCUGAUGGGUUCCUAUUCUCAUAUGUAGUUCAUUGGGUGUCCAAUAUUUAUCCGGUUUAUUCAUGUUAUGUUGCGAGCUGCUCCAUGUGCAACUUUAUUCUGGACCUUAUAUGCUAUUGAAAAGCGUCUUUUAUGUGUUCAGUCCUUGAGUAUCAUUUUCAGUACUUUGGGAGUUUAAGUUAGGUCUUCUUAGCCCCUUGAGUCUUUGACACCAUCUUGUAGCGGAUUUCGCGCUACAGCCUGGUAGUCACAUGUGUUUCCCCGGCUGAACUGUAUUGACAUUUUUCUCUGUUGUUGUAUCAGCAAUGUAAAUUUAGUAGCAUUUUUUCUUUCAAGUAAUAUUUUCUCAGGAGACAGUCACUGCUGCCGUAAAACUGUUGCUGUAAUCUUGUAAAUUCCAAAUUGGUAAGUCAA